ACACCACCUUCGAGCAAUGGGCGUAACUGACAGCGACGGCUUCUUCCACGUCGGCCUGACAGCUGAGUUCCCUAACAUCCCCGAGGGCGAACCAUUACCGGAAGGUUGCAAUGUGUUCCGGGUGUUCAAGGAUACUGGAAGUGCACAAGUCGUGAAAGUGACUCCCGAGAAGCAGGUUGAGGAUGGUGCACCAGAGACGGUCGGAUCAGUAGCAGUACUGGUAUUCCGUUAUAAAAACAAGCUACAUGCAGUGACAGACAAAUGUCCACACUCAGCAUACUCAUUAUCAGCCGGAGGCACACUCGCAGAUAUCGAGGAUUUUGGCAUCGUAUUUGGACACGGCAUCACUUGCUCGAAGCACAACUGGAUGUUUGACCUGAGUACAGGAAAGGGAGACCGAGGGAAUUAUUCAUUGGGCUUAUGGGAUGUCAAGGAGAAGGACGAUGGCGUUUGGGUGAAGCAGCGAUAGAGAUUUGGUUCUGCAUGAAAGGCAUGAGUUACAAUUCAGAAGUAAGAGCAUGGGGCAUGCAAUCGGGAUUUGGGUUUCGGGCGUAUCUGAGGGGAGAAGACAUAGGAUGAUCUCAGAAGACCAUCGAAUUUUAACCAGAGACAGACAGGCAGCAGCAGCUGGAAGGAUCGAUCAAAAGAAUACCAUAUUAUUAAUCCAAGAAAGGGACC